AAAAACCAGAGGAGAGAGAAAAUAAAAAACGAAGGAGAAAAAUAGAGGAGAAGAAAGCUAAUGUUCAAUUUUUGAAAAGCUAAUAAUCAUAUUGUGCUAUUGUUACACCUAUUUCUAGGUGCAUGAGUGUGCACCUAAGAAUAUGCGGAACCUUUUUAAUCCGGAUUGAAACCCAAACCAACCACGAACCUAAAUCGGCUGAAAUCGAAUUGGGGGUUUUAUUCCAUCUCCCCCCUAUCUUCAAAAUCCUAGUUUCAUUACCUUGCGAGUGUGCACUAUUGAGUGUCAUCUUAUCCAAUUCUUGGCCCCCUCAUUCUCUCUCUGAGCUCGGAGACACAUACAACAAUGGCGGCAAUGGCCUGCGCUUCAUCCCUAACAUUUCCAUCAACACAAACCCAGAAAUCCAUCUUCGGAACCCAAUUAAAGCAAACUCCAGUUUUCAGGUUUCCUGGCUUAACCAAGACAACAGCAAUUGUCAGCCCUCAACUCCUCAAGCAUCCUCUAAGUCAUGUACUGAGCAAUGGCGUCAAAUCAAAAAGGGAGUGAAGAAAGAGCUUGCUAUACCUCAUGUUCCUUUAGCCGAACGCUGGAUGUUUACUCUUGAUGAAGCUGCUGGCCCUGAUAUUUGGAACAAAACUUGGUAUCCUAAAGCUGCUGACCACGUCCCUACCGACAAGACAUGGUAUGUUGUUGAUGCCACAGAUCUGAUUCUUGGGAGGCUGGCGUCGAUUAUAGCAGUUCAUAUUCGUGGGAAGAAUGUGGCUUCCUUUACUCCAACUGUUGACAUGGGAGCCUUUGUAAUUGUGGUAAAUGCUGAUAAGAUUGCUGUAUCGGGUAAAAAGAGGACACAGAAAUUAUACAGGAGGCAUUCAGGAAGGCCAGGUGGUCUGAAAGAGGAAACUUUUGACCAACUUCAGAAAAGAAUUCCUGAAAGAAUUGUUGAGCAUGCUGUUCGUGGCAUGCUUCCUAAAGGAAGGCUUCGCCGGUAUUUGUUCAAUCACCUCGAAGUGUACAAAGGACCAGACCAUCCUCACCAAGCUCAGCAACCGAUUGAUCUUCCUCUUUGAGACAAGAGAAUCCGUGUGUCGAAAUAAAUUUGUUAAGCAACUCAUUGAUCUUGCCAAAGUUUUAACACAAUUAUGCAUCUUGUUUUGUAGAUUGAAAAUCAAGUUCUUUCAGUAGGUUAUAGCUGGUAGAUAAUUUUACCAUUUUGUAUUUCAGUUCUGUAAACAAACUCACAUUUGUUAGACCAGAUGAAUCUCU